CCAUGACUGUCAAACUGACGUGUAAAUAUGCGAAAGUCGCGAAACCAAUGUAAUUUAAUUUAUCAUUAAUAAUACAAAAAUGAGCCGAAAAGUACCAUAAUAAAUGUUCAAAUUAGAGCUAUCCCAAUGAUACUCAGUUAUUUGUAGCGUACUGCAUUUAUUUGGAACAAAGUUUUCCUAUAUUCUAGUCAGAAAUGUUCCUGUUGGACCCAACUUUAGGAUUUGAUAGUUUAGACAAUUUUUACGUGCAAUUUUUGGCUGAGACUGUAUUGUAUUUUAGAAGCUUUGCGUUGUAUAUAAGUUUGUGGGUUCUGGGGUAUUUGCUGGUGUGUUGUGUGGUGUAUCGGCGGUACGCACGACGGCUACCGACGCGGUCUCGUGGGGCGCUUCGAGCGAAAAGAGUGUUGAUCGUGGUAGCACACCCAGAUGACGAGUGCAUGUUCUUCGGCCCUACGAUAUUUAGAUUGUGCGAGCAGGAUGCAGAUGUGUAUUUGCUCUGUCUCUCUAAUGGCAACAGUGAGGGCAAGGGAAAUAUACGUAGUAAAGAGCUAUGGCAGGCAUGUUCGGAGCUUGGAGUACCCGACCGGAACAUAUGCCUCGUCACAGACACACGACUCCCAGACAACCCAAAAGCGCAGUGGCCAGUGGCCGUCAUUGCCAAGCUGAUACAUCAUCAGUUGGAAGCUCUGGAUAUAGACACACUAGUGUCAUUUGAUAGGGGAGGUGUUUCCUCACACCCAAACCACUCUGCAGUAUUUUAUGCUAUAGCUUAUAUGUUUGUUGAGAAACUUUUGCCUGCAAGGUGCACAGUAUACACAUUAGACACUGUAAAUAUAUUAAGGAAAUACUGGGGCUUCUUAGAUCUUCCACUAAGCUUUGUUUUGUCUUCCAAAAGAUAUUUCCUCCGCUGGACAGAGUCCCGCCGCGUAGUCCGCGCCAUGAAGCGACACCGAUCGCAGAUGGUGUGGUUUCGGCACCUGUAUGUUAUGUUCUCUCGUUAUAUGAUCAUCAACACGCUACGCCGCAUCAGCUUGGCCGAUAUAGAGCUCGAGUUGGAGGUUGAUGAUUGAAGCAACUGGUUCAUUAC